UGCCAUUGUAGAAGACGCUGUAGACGUCCCUUUAAUCGAGUAAUGGCAUUGAAACUAUAACCUUUUGAGGUACUUUUAAGCCAAUAUUGAAGGAAGAAAGAAAGAACAUCACUACUACCAUUUACUACUGUUUCUUCGCAAGAGAAACAAAUUUGUUGAUCUUAAAAAAUAACAAAUAAAAAAUAGUUUUGUCUAAUUGUUGACAUAUAAGAUUAAUUUUGAUCAAUCACGAUGCCUGCAACGAAUGCCCAGGAUGACCCAUAUGCGCACGCUGCAAAGGAACCGUUGAAAUUAAAAAGCGACCAGACAGUGAGCAAGAGGAAAAAGAAGAAGGAUGAAAAGAAGAAGAAAUUAGUAGAAGUAUCAAAGAUUAUUGAGGAGGAAAAAUCUCAAAAGAUAGAAGUAAAACGAACAAAAGCUGAGCUUGCUUUCCAAAAAAUGCAAGAAAAGAUGCAAACUGAGAGAAUCAAGGAGAAAGCUUCUAAGACACAUAAACAGCGUGUGGAAGAAUUCAAUCGUCAUUUAGAUAGCUUAACUGAGCACUUUGAUAUACCUAAAGUUAGCUGGACAAAAUAAAUUUCUGUGUAUGCUCCUAUAUAUAUUUAUAUAUUGUAAAUAAUUAGUCUUAACACAUACUUGCACACAUACUUAACACAUACUUAACACAUAAAAAAAGAUAUCUCUUUAAGUAAGAAUCACCUUAAGAAUGUGUUAAUUUAUGCUAUCAAUAUAGUUGUAUUACUAUAUUUUA